AAAGAGAGAGAGAGAGUGCCUGGGAGGGAAGGCGGAGGAGAAGCAUUCUGCCGGUGUCUCUUCUCUCCUCCUCUUCCUCCUCCUCCUCCUGCUGCUACAGCGGCCAUGCUGCCGUCUCGGUGCAUCCCGCUACAAAGCUGUGAAAAUCGCCGCAUAGCAGCCUAAUUUGGUUCGGUCGUCGCCAUUAAAUCCAUCUGCAACCGCCAGAUCAGCCGGAAAAUACCGGAACCUGAACACCGGGGAGGAAGGGGGCGGGGAAACGUCCAUAGCAACAAACCGGUUCCGCAGCAUUAUUGGUUGUGUUAAGCAUCACUCGGGAGUCUACUGCAGCACCUUGGCCGUGACAUGUUCACUGAUUAGCACAUUUCGUGUUACUUUGCAGUGCAGACCAAAAGCUGGACUUUGGGUCUAAGAUGCAGACGAAGAAGGCUGCAGGAUGCUAGCAAGCACGGCAGUAUGCGUGUGACCUCGAAGCGUUAUUCUGACACAUGCUAGGACAAGGAGCCAAGAGGAGAAUUCCUACUUGACCUACUGGCGAAGGCUUCAGAGAGUGGGUCACUAGAACUCAUCAGAAUCCUCAAAUCAUCUCUGUGGCCAAAGUUGAAAAUGUCCCGGUCUCAUCUUUGCUAGCAGGAAGCUUGAGUGUCAUGAGCGGCAAGUAGCUGGACCGCGCGACUGGACCCAGCCCCGUCAUGUCUCUUGGUAAGACCAUCGAGCUGGAGCACUUUGACGAACGCGACAAGGUUCGCCGAGGACGCUCUGCCAGGGCUAAACAAGAUGACUCCUCUGGCGGCGCCGGGUCGGGCCCAAGCUCGCGAGCCAGCAGCCUGGUUCCAAGCCCGGCGCACAGCACCAACUGCAGCUACUACCGCACCCGCACCUUGCAGGCGCUUACCUUGGAAAAGCGGGCCAAGAAGGUGCGGUUCUACCGCAAUGGAGACCGCUACUUUAAGGGCCUGGUCUACGCCGUCUCAAGCGACCGCUUCCGCUCAUUCGACGCGCUGCUCAUGGAGCUGACCCGCUCUCUGGCCGACAACCUGCACCUGCCGCAGGGGGUGAGGACCAUCUACACCAUCGAUGGCGGAAAGAGGAUCAGCAGCAUGGACGAGCUGCUGGAAGGUCAGAGUUACGUGUGUGCCUCCAACGAGUCUUACCGCAAAGUCGACUAUGCCAAGAUCUCCAUCCAGAGCUGGAAACCCGGCGCCAGUUCUGGCAGCGGCGCGACAGGGUCGAGCAGGUCCUGCGCCGUGCCUGCUGGGGGUCCGUCCGCCGGCACCGUUGGAUGUGCCAAAGAGCGACCGGAAGGCCGAGAGGGCAGGGAGAGCAAAGACUUCAUCAAACCCAAACUGGUGACGGUGAUCCGCAGCGGCGUGAAGCCUCGCAAGGCAGUACGGAUCCUCUUAAACAAGAAGACGGCUCACUCCUUCCAACAAGUGCUGGCUGACAUCACAGAGGCCAUCAAGCUGGACUCUGGAGCCGUGAAAAAGCUCUACACGCUAGACGGAAAACAGCUGACCUGUCUGCAGGACUUCUUCGGGGACGAUGACGUCUUCAUGGCGUGUGGCUUGGAGAAGUUUCGCUACGCUCAGGACGACUUUGUGCUCACUCAUGGCGGCAAGACGGCGGCUUUCAUGAAUGAGUGCCGAGUCAAAGGUCCUCGUCCCACUGCCUCUCAGAGGCCAACACCUCCCAAGAUCUCUAAUGGCUCAUGCUUGGCCUCUUCCAAGGCUUCAGUCAAACCCGGGGAUCAGACCAGAUCGUCGGGAUCAGCCAAUGAACCAUCGGGAUUUCAGACAAGGUCACCCAAGACUAGCCCGUCGCCCACGAGUCCCAGCCCAAGACGUAGCCUCAAGGUUUCUCCUCGCCGUUCUUCUUCCACAGACGUCAAAGGCAAGGCAGAGCAGGAGGAUGGCGUAGCUCUUGAAGUAAACGGAAACCUGGUGGUGUCAUCGUCCAUCAUCAGCAGCAAGUACAACAUCGGAAAAGUUAUUGGAGACGGAAACUUUGCGGUGGUGAAGCAGUGCGUGGAGAGGUCCACUGGACAGGAGUUUGCACUAAAAAUCAUCGACAAAGCUCGUUGCUGCGGGAAGGAGCAUCUGAUCGAAAAUGAGGUGGCGGUCCUGCGAAGGGUUCGACAUCCCAGCAUUAUCCAGCUGAUUGAGGUGGACGAAACACCGUCUCAGCUCUUCCUGGUCAUGGAGCUUGUCAAGGGCGGCGACUUGUUUGACGCCAUCACGUCAUCCACCAAGUACAGCGAGCACGACGCGAGCGCCAUGGUCUUCAACCUGGCUGCAGCCAUCAAGUACCUGCACAGGAUGAACAUCGUCCAUCGAGACAUCAAGCCAGAGAACCUGUUGGUAUGCGAGUAUCCAGACGGCACAAAGUCUCUCAAACUGGGAGACUUCGGGUUGGCUACAGUGGUGGAGGGACCGCUCUUCACUGUGUGUGGAACGCCCACCUACGUUGCCCCGGAGAUCAUUGCUGAGACCGGUUACGGUUUGAAGGUGGACAUAUGGGCAGCAGGCAUCAUCACCUACAUCCUGCUAUGUGGAUUCCCACCUUUUAGGAGCGAGAACAACAUCCAGGAGGAGUUGUUUGAUCAGAUCCUCAAAGGGAAGCUGGAGUUCCCGUCUCCAGACUGGGAUACAAUAAGCCUGCCUGCUAAGAUGCUGAUCAGUCAAAUGCUGCAGGUGAACAUUGACGCUCGCUUCACAGCAGAGGAGGUUCUCUCCCACCCUUGGGUGACGGAAGACGCUCCCAUCGACUCAAGCAAUGAAGAGGCGGCCGGCGAGGACACAGAACAGGAAUCUCCGGUGCUGGAAACCAAACAAGUUCCUUCCCCGCUAGUCUAGUACACCGGAAAGCUCCAAUUUGGACAAAAAAAUGUCCUUUUUGGAGUAAAAUUAACUUUUCCACAUGCUGAGUAAACUUGAUCCAGUUUCCAAUAUUUCUGAGAGGAUUCAUGUACAUCCAAGCAGCCAACAAAAAAAUAUCGUCAAUGUCACGGCUGUCCGAUGGAUGAUCAUCCAGUAUCUUGGGAAUGUCGGCAUCUAGACCAAUGAGUAGAAAGUUAUCACCGUUGUGACAUCAGGAAUAGGAUCUAACUGGCUUGGACUACUUUAAAAAAAUGGUCCUAAAGAAUUUCCCUGCAAUCACAAUGCUGUCUGUCUUUUCUGUGAUAGAUUCAACCUUUUUUGUAAAGGUGACCCCUUCACUUCUCCCAAUCUCAGGCCAUAAAAAACUCGGCCUCUCCUUGCUUAUUUAUACAGGGUUUGGGGCACUCCAAGUUCCAAAAACUUCCUGCCUUGAUCCAACAAGAUGAAUGCUGUGUCUCAACUGGUGUACUUUCCGUACUUAAACUUACUCCUUUAAGUGGAUUUAUACUGAGAAAUGCGAGAAAAUGUGCACUGUCAAUAACCGGUUGUUGUAUUUAAAACGGUCGAAAUGGUGAGCAAAAGGGGAAGAACUAUUAAAUCUUUUAAAACUUUAAAAAAAGAAAGAGAAGCAUGUAAAUAUUGCAAUAGUUAUUUCUAGUAGGCAUGCAAUGACCGUAGUUGAUUUGGGCUAACACACUGUUAAAGUUUCUGCAUUCAGUAACAAAGUGCAAACAUGGUCUCAAUUUAUGUGUUUCUGUCCUAAGACUUGUGUCUUUUGAAUACAUACAUAUGUUCAAGCUACAUACUGUAAUAAAUACAGCACUCAAAAGUGUUCCCUCAAUGGAUAUCUUGGCUAUGUAGCAGAAGGGGAGGGACUAUCAAAAAAGGUCAUAAAGUAAAUAUUAUUAAUUUUACACUGCAGAAGUAGGGGGAAAAGCAAUCAGAUAAUUUACAGGGUAAUCCAACUAUUAGCGAUAAUAUUCAGUCAAAGAGGGGAAGUAGAAGGCGAUAUUGCGAUUGUCUUUUUCAGUGCACAAUGACAGUAAUCUAUAUGGGUGUGCAAUCAGGAACCAAGUAGACAAUGUACACCGUAUGCUUACUAAAGUGUACCAACAAGUGCUCCAUUUGAGACACAGCACAUAUCUGUUGUAUAUGUUAGCUGUCAUGUGUUUGCUGAUGUAAAGUAGGAAAACGUAGCAGCUUAAAAAAAAAAAAAACAGAAUUGUCAGCUAACCUAAAAAGGUUUCUGAAUGGUGCUGAUCAACUAGUGAUUCCAUGAUGUCAUCACCACAUCCAUCAUGCCAUCUGUCUGUUAGUGAGGACGCAGGAGGACUAUUAAGGAAGCUUUAAAUGUGUGACUUUUUUAUUUGUGUCUUGUCUGCUUAAUGCAGUUCUAUGACCUUUGAACCGAGUAGCACCUCUCCAUGGCCUUGACCUAUGGGCCAGAGCCACCGAUGAAGAAUUGACAAGUCGCUAACUCGCAUUCACCAGCGGCUCUGGCCCACUUUGCCUGCGAUCAACCCAGUCGUCUUAAAUCUUAGCAGUUUUCUCUCUGCCGAAAGGAGCCUUGUGUUAGCCAAAUGCUAAAAGCCUGCUCUCACUUAGCGUGUUGGCCUCAAAUUGGAAUAAAAAAGUAUUAUUUAACUUUGAAAAAGAAAUGUCCACUUCAGAGACACGUGACCUAGUUGGGUGUCACUGGGGCCGUGUAUGUGUGUGAGAUCAUCAUCAUGCCUUGUAAAUGUUUUCCAUUAAGUGCAGUAGAUGAAGUAGAACUUAACUGAGAUGUUAUUUCCUAAAAGAAUCAUGAACUGCUCAUGACAAAAUGAAUUUGUGUGUUUUUAGUCAAAGUUUUCCACCAUUGCUCACAUUCAAGGAGCUUUACGGAGAAGAAAAAAAAAAUCCCAGCAUGGGGAGGACAUGUUUUAACCAUGUGAUGUGACAAUAUGCGUUUAAAGACCGAACACUGAUUUUAAAAUUGAGGACAACUGUCAAACGAAAUAAAACUGAUGCAGUAAAAACAUCCAUUUCA